AUGGAUGACAAGUCCACACGCAAAGAACAAACCACCAAGGACACCGACUUCAUCAAAUCGUCUCCAGAUGGCCUCUCUGAUCUUCUUGCAGACGGUUGCCCCGUUGAAAUACUAGAGUGCGAUAAAUCCGGAAAUGUCCAACAGCGGUGGUUGCAUACCAAAGAUCGCUACGUGGUUCCCAUCCAGAUCUCGCCUGCCGGCACGAAGAAUGACUUCAUCAUCCAGCUCAUCAGGGGAUGGCGGAAGACCCUGUUCGAUUGCUUCCUGCCCGUGGGCUUCCCCCACUCGGUGUCUGACGACUACCUCGCGUACCAGGCGUGCGACUCGAUCCAGGCCUUCUUCUCGACCAUCACGUCCCUGCUGGCGAACCGAGCCCUCCUCCAGGGCCUCGGGGUCGGAGAUGCCAAUUCCUCGGCCACGUAUGCCCUGCUCCUGACCAUUCUCACGGACGCCAUGUCCCGGAUCGCGACCAUCGUUUUUGCCAAUCGCUGGGGUCUCCGCAUCGAGCCCGAGGCGAAGCGGUACCGUUUCCUCGCGGACGUCUUCAACGACACGGCCUUCUUCCUGGAGCUCUACAGCCCCGCCCUGGGACCGUGGGGCAAGGUGCUUACUCUGAGCGUCGGCGAGGCUCUGCGUGCUCUGUGCGGUGUCGCGGCGGGGGCGAGCAAGGCCGCGCUGAGUGUUCACUUCGCCAGGCACGACAACCUUGCCGAGCUGAACGCGAAGGAGGCCAGCCAGGAGACUGCGGUGGGCCUGGUCGGUCUCCUCGUCGGGACUUUGGUGGUGAAGCUGGUCCAGGAUAGCCGGAGCGUCAUGUUCCUGAUGAUCGUGUUGGUCAUGGCCCACCUGUUUGUCAACUACGUCGGCGUCUGCAGUGUUCAUAUGACGAACCUGAACCGCCAGCGAGCUGUCAUCUUCUUCUCCGAGUACCUCAAAUCCGGCACCGUCCUCUCCCCCAAGGCGGUUGCGAAGCGGGAGAGCAUCCUCUUCGAGUCUACUCGCAUCGUCAACAAGCGCGGUGAGCGUGUCGCUAAGAUCGACAUCGCAAAGGACUUCCGGGAUGCGAUGGAUAAGCGAAACUGCGGCGCCGUGUCGGUUCUCGACGGGCACAAGUACUCCCUCUUCAUUGGCAACCAGCACAACGGGCUUGCCAGCAUCAAGAUCAUGCUCUGGGAUGGCUCUGACCCAUGGUAUGCGGUCAACGCAUGGUUCAGCGCUAUGAAGAUCGCGCAGGUGAUGGAGGAGGGCAAAGGCUUCACGAAGGAGGUGGAGCAGCUUGUGAAGAAAAGUAGUAGCGAGGAUGGCGAUGGCGGUCUCACAGACCUUCUGGAUUCCGAGUUCAAGGAGAAGAUGCAGAGCGUGGGAUGGGAUCUUGAUAGCCAGGCUUUCGAGACCAAGGCCCCCGUCCGGCUCCGCUUCCAACAGGCCCAUCGCAAGGACGAAUAG